AUGUUUGGAUCAUCUCAUUACUGGAGCGGGAGCCACAUCCGCUGGGGCCAGCCCUUCAGACUGCGGCACCUGACCACCGGUCACUACCUGGCCCUGACGGACGAUCGGGGGUUGGUGCUGCAGGACCGGGAGAGGUCCGACACCAUCGCCACCGCCUACUGUUUCAGAGCCUCUAAGGAGAAGCUGGAGCAGAGUCCCAAGCGGGACAUCGACGGGAUGGGAGUGGCGGAGAUUAAAUACGGGGACUCGCUCUGCUUCAUCAUGCACGUGGCCACGGGACUCUGGCUCUCCUACCAGGCACCUGAUGUCAAAUCCGCCCGUCUGGGUCCCCUCAAGAGACGAGCGUGCCUACAUUCUGAAGGUCACAUGGAUGACGGGCUGACCUUGCAGCGCUGUCAACACGAGGAGUCUCGUGCCGCACGGAUCAUCCGCAACACCACUUUACUCUUCAAGCGAUUCAUCAGAGACCUGGAUUGUCUGGGUGUUAAGAAUAGGAUACUGGUCGCACUACCUGUAGAGGAGGUCCUCCAAACCCUCAAUGACCUCAUCACCUACUUCCAGCUCCCCGACGUCGAGCUGGAGCACGAAGAGAGGCAGAUCAAGCUACGCUCGCUCAAGAACCGGCAGAACCUAUUCAAACAGGAAGGCAUGCUGACUCUGGUGUCCAACUGCAUCGAUCGACUAAAUGUAUACAACAGUGCCGCCCACUUCGGAGAGUGUGCGGGGUCAGAGGCCGGAGCAGCAUGGAAAGACAUUCUCAACCUGCUGUAUGAGCUGCUGGCUGCGUUAAUAAGAGGGAACAGGAACAACUGCACACAGUUCUCCAACAACUUGGACUGGCUGGUUAGCAAGCUGGAGAGACUGGAGUCUUCUUCAGGCAUCCUGGAAGUUCUGCACUGCAUUCUAAUUGAGAGCCCAGAGGCGCUCAACAUCAUCCAGAGAGGACACAUCAAGUCCAUCAUAUCACUGCUCUACAAGCACGGACGCAACCACAAGAUUCUGGAUGUGCUCUGCUCGCUAUGUGUGUGUAACGGCGUAGCUGUGCGAACCAAUCAGAACCUCAUCUGCGAUCACCUGCUGCCCAAGAGAGAUCUGCUUCUGCAAACACAGCUGGUCAAUGAUGUCCAGAGUAUGAGACCGAACAUCUUCCUAGGGGUGAGUGAGGGCUCGGCUCAGUAUAAGAAGUGGUAUUACGAGCUGAUGAUCGACCAGGUGGACCACUUCGUGACCAGCGAGCCCUCGCACCUGAGGGUGGGCUGGGCCAACGCUAAAGGCUACGCUCCCUACCCUGGAGGAGGAGAGGGCUGGGGAGGCAAUGGAGUAGGAGAUGACCUUUACUCGUAUGGUUUUGAUGGACUCCAUCUUUGGUCAGGUCGUAUCCCGCGGGCGGUUGCGUCCUUGAACCAGCACAUCCUGACAUCAGAGGAUGUGGUCAGCUGCUGUUUGGAUCUAGGAGCUCCCAGCAUCUCUUUCAGGAUCAACGGACAGCCUGUGCAGGGCAUGUUUGAGAAUUUCAACACGGACGGGCUCUUCUUCCCCGUGGUCAGCUUCUCUGCAGGGGUCAAGGUGCGUUUCCUGUUGGGUGGUCGACAUGGUGACUUUAAGUUCCUGCCUCCGUCGACUUACGCUCCAUGUUACGAAGCUCUGCUGCCCAAAGAGAAGAUGAAGGUGGAGCCGGUGAAAGAGUACAAGAGGGAUGCUGAAGGAGUCCGAGAUCUGCUCGGCACAACGCAGUCCAUGUCUCAGGCCUCCUUCAUCCCAACACCUGUUGAAACUAGCCAGAUUGUUAUGCCAGUUCAUUUAGAUAAAGUCAGAGAUAAACUCGCUGAAAACAUCCAUGAACUCUGGGGGAUGAAUAAAAUAGAGCUGGGCUGGUCGUAUGGCAAGAUAUAA